AUGGUUGAUUCAGGAAAGGAAGUUAGUGGACCAAAGGGGUAUGGCUACGGCAUUAAUGGGGAAUCACCCAAUGUUGAAACUAAUUCAGAUUCUCAUUUCGGUGGAGGAGUGCGAUGUGUUGAUAAGUUGCAAGGAAGAGGUGAUGGGAAUAUUGAAGCACAUGUUGAUAUGGAAACCGGAGUGGAAGCACUCGAAGGAAUUGUUGAGGAGGCUGGGAUGGAAGGUGCAUUGAAUCCGGAUUUUAAGAGGAGGGUGUUUGAAAUGGCUGUGAACCAUCGGUCGUCGAUAAUAGUUAUAACAGAGACUAGAGUGGGGGGUAGCAGAGCUGAGAAGAUAAUUAAAGCACUUCCAUUUGAUGGCUUUAUCACCACGGAAACUAUUGGGUACGCGGGUGGAUUAUGGAUUUUGUGGAGAAGAGAAGAUGCGGAAGUUAAUCUGUUAUCUGCUACAGAACAGGAAAUACAUGCGACGGUAAAGGUAUGUGCAUCAAACCUUUCUUGGUUAUUUACAGCAAUAUAUGCUAGUCCUCGUUUAGUUGAGAGGAGAAUCCUGUGGUCUAAUAUAGAUAAGGUUGGGCAAUUGCAUAAUCUUCCUUGGUUAAUGAUUGGGGAUUUUAAUGAAAUUCUAGGUGGGGAGGAUAAAUUUGGGGGGAACCAAAUUAAUUUAAACAGGGCCCUUGAAUUUAAAGAAUGUCUAGAUUCGUGUAAUUUUGUAGAUCAUGGGUUUGCUGGACCUAAAUUUACCUGGACUAAUAAAAGGCAAAUUUCAGAUUUGAUUUUGGAAAGACUGGAUAGAUGCUUUGCCAAUCCAAUCUGGAGAAUUUUGUACCCUGAGGCGGUGGUAACCCAUCUUCCUAGAACCUUCUCAGAUCAUCAUCCUGUCUUGAUAGAAUUAUGGAAACCUAAUGCUAAUGGUUUGGAGCAGCCUUUCCGUUUUCAGACUAUGUGGAAGGCUAAGAAAUGGAAUUUUGAGGUUUUUGGUAAUAUUUUUGCGAAGAAAAAAAGGGUGCUAGCCAGGUUGAAUGGUACACAAAAGGCUUUGGCUAACAAUCCUACUGAAUCUCUUAUGAGGCUGGAAGACCAACUUAUUGAAGAGUACUCCUCAAUUUUGCUUUAA